AUGAGCAUGAGCCGCGGAGGUGGGGGACCACGGAAUCACAAUCAGAACUAUCAAAACGGGGCGACGUCCGGAGGUGGAGGCUCCAUGAACAACAGUAGAAUGUCACGGGCCGCGAGGCAAAGUGUCACACCCUACUACCGCGGUGCGUCGAGGGCGAGAGGCGGCGGCGGGAAGGGGUACCACCGCCCGGGUGGAGCUGGCAGUGGCGAGAAUUACCACAACAUCAACGGAUUGAUCGCUGGAACAAAUGGAACCACAACCAGCGGUGGCACGUUCCGUAUGAAGGACUAUGUGGGAGGGAACAACCAGAACCAGCCAAGCGCCACUUUUGACCGUCACCACUACAACCAGAGAGGACACCAGCACGGGGCUGCGACACCAAGGAUACAGCAACAUUGUUCCGGUCCUCGCGGUAAUAUCACAUUGAGUGCAGGUUUCGCCAGUGCUGGUACCAACCCCUGCGCACCAGGGGAUACAACAGAGCAACCGGCUUUUUCUGGAGGUCCCGCGUCGGCUUCUGUGGAGCACAGUCGGUCAAAUCAAGCUGUAGGGCAGGGUACGUACAACCAGUCACCUGUUCUGUAGCAGGCGCGUCUUCAAAUAGAAGAAGACGGAGGUAGAUGUAGUUGUUCACUUUUUAUUCUUCAUGAUGUAGCUCUCGGCCUAUGUUCUUUAAGCCCCUCUGAUGGCACUUCCCUCUCGUGAUGCCGGAUGAAGUGCUCGUCUUUAGAAUAAACGGUCUUGUUAAUGGUUAACCGAGCUUUUCUUGCUCUCUCCCUCCCUAGAUUUCCGUCGUCGUCGCAUGAUUCUUUUGCAUUUCGCUAGAUUUUGACACAAAAAUUCGAAAAAUUUUCAGUGACUACAGAUGAACCAGUACCGGUAUAGUACUAAAGUUGCUUUUUCUUUGCUGUGCUGGGUGACACCAAGCCUGAUGCUGAUUCUUUCCACGCGCUGCACUUUGCCGACUAGGUUACGGUGUGGUGGCAGUUGAGCUUUUCCUUUUGUUUACUUUGCUACAUCAGAAGAUCAAUUAUCAUCUUUUUCAUUUUUAUACAACGCUAGAAGGUACUCGUUGCAAAAUAAUCCUUUAUCGAAAAUUACUUUCUAUGAGUGGUACUGGUACGCCUAUCUUCAGAGCUCGCAUUUGCCGCGGCUUCAUCUUGAGCUGAUUACAACCGUGUACGUACUUCUGAGGAUCUGGAUCUUGACAGAGGGGCUGCUCUUCAAACAUGAACGCUAAAAACUCCUGUAGAAGAUCAUGAGGUCGAUGCGGCCGCGAAGCAGCAGGAAAAAAUUCACGUAUUUGAAAACUCAGAUGAAGACAAUGGGGGCGUACGAGUUCCAAGUUUUUACAACAUCAGUCUGCCAAAAUGCUUCCAGUUCCAUUUGAUAUAAGCAAUAAAAGAAAAAGACCAUCAAUUAGCAACUUAUCCUGCUCUGCGGACAGGAGCAAAAAAUUUUAAUUUUCAUUACCUGCUAGAAUUACAAAAUAAAACAGCACCUGAACUGCGCACAACGACACAGUUGUGUUAAGUUUAGUUUAUCACAGUUCUUCUUCAAGUACAUUUUGCAAGCGCGGUUAAGGUUGUGCCACCGCUGAAUCAAAUAUGUUUUCGACAACUUCUAACGCUUUUGAAAUUAGUUUCAUCCAGAUGAACGAAAUAAUUUAUCAGGAGGACACAAAGAAGUGGAAGUAGGCAUACUGCUAGCCGAGCGCCAGCACAAAUUCCUUUGUGAUGGUUGCUUCGCGACAGCUUUGCCGGAGAGAGAAAUUCUACGCACCGUGGAGCAACAAGUUUACGUUUAGGAUGAGGGAAACAAAGUUAACGUAGGAUGAAGUUUUUCGGCCGGGUGAUAAAGAAGUGGUAGACUGGUCGUGGACGGGAGGAGGGCGAGUUGUUGUCGAGGCAAGAAGCGGGUUUCUCCAGUAGUUCGAAUCUGUUGCCUCACGACAACAACACUAUCCCCCAUCAGCGAAGGAAACGCCGGUCUACUCAGCCUUUUCAACUGUUUCGGAUUUUGUUUUACUGAUUCACUAGUUUCGCUUUCAUUCUCUUUGACAACUGUUUUUGUAAUGAUAGAGCUCUUCACUUUGUUCCUUGUAAUAUUUUUUAAUCGAUAGUAGUUGUAGGAAGUAGGGUUUAGAAGUACAGGAAUACAAUGAAGAAACAGGAGUAUGUAACACUAGGGCUUCUAGAAAAAAUCGUUUCUGAUCAAUUUUGAAAUUGCGGAAACACAAAAGUAAUUAUUCCUCUAGGCGAGCUUGAAAGAAAAAGAUCUUUUUCGGUGAACUGUUCAACUUUUGGGCAAAACUCAAACUACUAUAGUCUUGUCGAAACUCAAAAACAAAAAAACACAAAAAAAAAUACAAACAAACAAGCUGUGAUGCAGCGGUUCCGGUUCGUUGAAAAAGCAACAGUUCGUUGAAAACAGACUACAAGACUUUUCGUCCUCGUCC